ACUUUUGAGUUUCAUUACCCUGUACAAAAUGGCGGUGACUGUGAGUGGAUUUGUGUGAUGGAGUGACAGUUUAUUUAAAAAAAUUUUCAUAUUUAUAGAUUAGCUAAGUGUUUUUUUUAAUAACGCAUGAUAAAUCGAUAAGAUUUAAAAAUGCCUGCACAAGAGGUUGCAUUACCUCAGCCUCCGCAAACUGAAUCGGAAGAGCCAGCACCAGCUUCGCAGCCUAUCGUUGGCAUUAUCUAUCCUCCGCCGGAGGUUAGAAAUAUCGUUGACAAAACUGCGAACUUCGUGGCAAGAAAUGGUCCCGAGUUUGAAUCGAGAAUUCGACAGAAUGAAUUGGGUAAUCCCAAGUUUAAUUUCUUGAAUUUUGGUGAUCCAUAUCAUGCAUAUUAUCAGCACAAAGUGAAAGAAUUCAAAGAAGGAAAAGGUCAAGAACCAACGGCUACAGGUCUACCUAAGGGUGUCAAUUUCACUGCUCAUCAGAAACAACAAGAAAUUCUUAAGCAAGUGGAGCAGCCAUUCAUUCCCAAAGAUCCUCCACAGGAAUUUGAAUUUAUAGCAGAUCCACCUUCAAUUUCUGCUUUAGAUUUAGAUAUUGUAAAAUUGACAGCUCAGUUUGUUGCUCGUAAUGGACGUCAAUUUUUAACAAAUUUAAUGAACCGUGAACAGAGAAAUUUCCAAUUUGAUUUUUUGCGUCCACAACAUUCUUUGUUUCAAUAUUUCACUAAACUUCUGGAACAAUACACUAAGGUUUUGAUUCCUCCCAAAGAUUUACUUCCUCGUUUAAGAGAUGAAGCAUUGAACAUGGACAAAAUUCUUGAAAAUGUCAAAUAUCGAUCAGAAUGGCUUAAAUAUCAAGAGGCUCAAAAGCGUAAAGAAGAAGAGGAACUAGAGCGCGAGCGUGUUGCUUACGCACAAAUUGAUUGGCACGAUUUUGUUGUUGUUGAAACUGUUGAUUAUCAACAAUUUGAAGUUGGUAAUUUUCCAGCUCCAACUACUCCCGAUGAAGUUGGUGCACGUGUUCUUAUGCAGGAACGUAUUGAAGAUGGUGAAGAUGUCGAGAUGCAAAUUGAAAGUGAUGGAGACGACGAGAUGCCACAUCGACCUGACGGUGAAAAGGAUCGAGCGAAGGAUAAUAAUCAGGUACAAGAUAUGGAGGAGGACUCGAGCGAUGAGGAAAUUAUGGCACCACCUGGUGAGGCUCAAAAGGCGAGAGAAAAUAAAAAUCGUGAAAACAGUAUGCAACCACCUCCUCUGCCUCCAGCGCCUGGAAAUGUUGUCAUUAAAAAGGGCUACGAUCCUAAACAACACGCGGUCAAAGUCAUUCGUCCACCCGCCACUGAGGAAUAUCUUAUUUCGCCGCUUACCGGUGAAAAGAUUCCAGCGAGUAAGGUACAGGAGCACGUACGCAUUGGUUUACUCGAUCCACGAUGGGUGGAACAGCGCGAUAAACAUUUGGACAAACAAUCUCAAGAGACGGUGUUUGCGCCGGGCACUGCGAUUGAGGACAGUCUCAAGCAACUUGCCGAGAGGCGUACCGAUAUUUUCGGUGUCGGCGACGAGGAAACGGCAAUCGGCAAGAAAAUUGGCGAGGAGGACAAAAAGAAGGACGACAAGGUCACUUGGGAUGGACAUACGUCGAGUGUGGAGGCCGCCACGCGUGCAGCACGCGCCAAUAUUACUCUCGAGGAACAAAUCCAUCAAAUUCACAAGGUCAAGGGUUUACUGCCGGACGAAGAGAAGGAAAAAAUUGGUCCCAAACCAGUGACUCGAGCGGCGGAACUCUCUCACAUGGCGGCUGUCGCCUCAAAGCCACAAGCGACUCUGAAAGCACCGCCGAAACCACCCGUUCCUAAGCCUCAGAUUCCAGUUCCUACACAGCCACCACCUCCAAUUCCAAUGCCAACAAUGGGCAUGCCGCAACAAAUGAUGCCACCACAACCACCAAUGAUGAUGAUGACACCCAUGCCUCCGAUUCGGCCUCCUCCUCUUUUGACUCCUGCAAUGUCACCAUUUAUGCCAACUCCACCGCCUAUACAACCACCAUUGCCAAAUGCUAUCGGAAUGAAGCAUCCAGCAGAACCAAUGGAAGAGGAACCACCGUCUAAAAAAUUAAGAACUGAAGAUUCUUUGGUACCUGAACAACAAUUUUUGUCCAGAAAUAAGGGUCCAGUUCAAAUUAACAUUGCAGUGCCUUUAAUGGCCGAAAAGGCCGAAUGGAAAUUAAAUGGUCAAACCUUGGGAAUUACUUUGCAACCUAGUGACACUGUAGCAGUUUUGAAAGCUCGCAUUCAUGAACAAACUGGAAUGCCUCCUGGCAAACAAAAACUUCAAUACGAGGGUAUGUUCUUCAAAGAUAACAAUACUCUCGCAUAUUAUAACCUUACAUCGGGUAAUGUUAUAAAUCUUCAACAAAAAGAACGUGGAGGACGUAAAAAGUAAAUUUCUUGCUAUUGUUUAUGGAAAACCUCAUUUAAAAAAAAAUCUUAAUGAACUUGUGGAAGAAUUCUGCCGACAAAAUAUUCAAUAAGAUUUUAAUUAUAUAAUUAAUUUGCAAACACAUACAUCAUAAUAGAAGAAAUUAGUUUUUUCUAUUAUUUUUGAUCAAUGAGACGGAAGUUAUUUUAAUAAAAUGAACUAAUGAGAUGAAAUUAAACAAUUUUAUUUCUGUGGAAUAAAUAGAAAAAAAAAUUUAUAACAUUUCUUACAAAAUCUACAAUAGGAAUGUAUGUUUCAAUUAAGAUUGCACUUUCAGUCAUAUUAGACAAUUUUUUUUUUGAUAAGUCAAAAAAUGUUGUGCGCAAAGAAAUUUACCGAGCAUUAAUAAAUGCUCGGUAAAAAAAUAUUGUAAAUAGGUCUAGCCUUACUUUAUAAGAAAAUAGUACAAAGCUUCUGUUUCUGAAGCUUCAUAUUUCAAUAAUCGUAUAACAUGAUUUGAAUAAAUAAUAAAGAUCAUUGCAAAAAUUU